UUUGAGAAACUAAACAAGCCCUCCGUCUCUUUAUAUAUUUCCCUCCGUGGCGUUCCUUCCGCGCGCCUCCCACGUCCGCAACCAACCAAAGCACACUGCACACCACACACACACACCGCCGGCCACCAUGCCCUCCUCCUCCGCUGACGACGAGGGAGCCCGCGGCAAACGCAAGAGGGGAUCGUCGGGCGCAUGCGCAUCCGACGGCGGCGACCACCAGCAGGGCCCGUCGUUCAUGUGGCGGACGCCGCGCGCGCAGCAGGCCUACUCCUCCAAGCUCCUCCAGGCGCUGCGCCUCGUGCGCGGCGGCGGCACCGGCACACCCAGCACCUGCUCCGCCUCCGCCCCGGCGGUGCGCGACGCGGCCUACCGCGCGCUGGCCGUGGCGGCGCGGGGCCGCUCGCGCUGGAGCCGCACCAUCCUGGCACGCAGCCGGCGGUGCCGGGCGCUCCAGUGCCUCCGCGCGCGCCGACCGCCGCCGCCGAGGCCCCGUCGGCGGCAGCAGCAGGGUGGCGACAGCGAGCAGCGGGCGCCGGGUGGGCUGGCUGGCAGGGCGAAGGUGCUGGGGCGGCUGGUGCCCGGGUGUCAGAGCCUGUCGUUGCCCGCGCUCCUGGCCGAGGUGUCCGACUACAUCGCCGCGCUGGAGAUGCAGGUGCGCGCCAUGGGCCAGCUAACGCAGGACCUCGCCUCGUCGUCUUCGGCUCCGACGGCGGCGCCAUCGAUUGCUCCGCCCUAGCUCAGCUCUUUGAUUGGAUUUGGAUGGAAAUGGAAUGGCCUGUACAUUUCUCUCUGCCAGGCGCUAGCUGAUGGUCCAUCGAUUUUGUUUUGCGUUCAAGUCUUUCGUUCUUUUUUUUGGUGGGGUGGGGUGGGGGGACAAUAUUUGAUUUGUCUCUUAGGUUUGCUUAAAUUUAAAUUGUAAGCUGAAUGUGAAUGGUGCUUCACAAGUGUGAACGUGUGAUGUUUGAAUGCAAAAGCAAGCAAGUAAGCAAAAUGGAAUGUAAUGACGCUUUUUUUUUUUUUGGAUUUU